CGCGGGAAACACUUGAGAGAGAAGCGGCUGUUGCCCUCGCUGCUAUUGCUAGUAGUUGCUACAGCCUGUGUUUCCGCUUCUGAAUAUCAUUCUCCUCCGGCCUAUUCUACCGAGAAUGGGUCCAUCGGACAUUAGGGACCUUUUAACAGCGUUUAGUCCCUCGUUAGACUUGUUUGCUAUGAGCGCUGGAGAUGGUCGCAUAAAGAUAUGGGAUACAGUUAAUGGUCAAAUCCAGACGGAGUUUGCUGACAUCACAUCAAGUGAUGCAGCAAGUAUAUAUGCAGGAUCAGUGAAAGGCCAUCUUUCAAUAGAUUAUACAUGCAUGAAGUGGUUGUCAUUAGAAGAAAAGAGAAAAAGGAAGCACACAUCCUCAUUGUUAGUACUUGGAACAGGUAGUGGUGACGUGUUGGCACUUGAUGUGUCUGCUGGUCAAUUAAAUUGGAGAAUUGGUGACUGCCAUCCUGGAGGCGUGAAAGCUGUUUCAUCUUCUACAAAUGGAUCAUGUGUCUAUACUGCAGGUGCAGAUGGAAUGAUUUGCAAGAUUGAUUGUAAGACAGGAAACCUGUUGGAAAAAUUCAAAGCUUCUACAAAGGCAAUAUCCUGUAUGUCUGUUUCUUCAGAUGGGAAGACAAUAGCUACUGCAGCAGCACAACUAAAAAUUUUUAAUUGUUCUGAUCACAAGAAGAUACAGAAGUUCUUCGGCCAUCCUGGAUCUGUUCGGUGUCUUGCCUUCACUGAAGAUGGGCAGUAUAUUCUAUCCUCUGCUGUUGGGGAAAGAUAUGUUGCUGUCUGGAGGAUUGAUGGGGCAAAAAAGAAGUCAGUUAGUUGUGUUCUUGCAAUGGAUCAUCCUGCUGUUUUUCUUGAUAGCAGGUGCACUCCUAGCAGGGAGCUUGACAAUGUUGGAGUAUCUGUUUUGGCUAUCUCAGAAGUUGGUGAUUGUUAUGUUUGGUUUGGAAAUAAUAUUGAGGAACUACGCAAUGUGAAGCCCAUUAAAAUAUCAUUAUCUUUGGAAGAGAUAUCUUCCAGAAAUUACAUGGGUGCAUUGCCAGCAAUAUAUGCUGCAAAGUUAGAAGGCAUCCACAAUCCUACCUCUGGGCAGAUUUUACUUGUUCAUGGGUUGCUUGUAAAACCAUCGUUUCAAAAAAUUUCAGUGCACUCUGGCUCAGACAUAAAAUUGAAUUUCUCUGAUGAUGGUGUUCUUCUUCGGUUGAACAAGUCCCUCGCAAAGCCUAAGAAGGCAAAAGAUGUAAAAAAAGUUACUGCGCUAGACCGUGCUAAUGCAGAGGAUGCUCUGCUCCCAAUUCCUAAGCUUUUUGAUUCUCAUGUGCAAGAGCAAGAAUUUCAAGACUCUUCAGGCAAGGAAGUUAUGGAUGGUUUGGUUAGAAGUAGUGAAUCUGUAUCUAUGGAGAUUGAAGGUACUGCAAAGAUCUAUCAUCUUUAUUGUCGAAUGAAGUAGUUGGGUAAUAGAUCAACUAUGUGAACAUGGUAGAGUUUAUAAUUAAACUAUUCAUGGACCUUUGCUGAUUAAGCUCUUGUUUUGGACGUGGCUCUUGGCAAUUAUCUUUAC